CUGCUUGCCGGUAACCUGGACAGCUAUACUCGACUCCUUUGUACGCUAGGAAUGCUUGUCCUCUUCAUUCGCUAUAUAGUCCGCUAUAUUAGGGAGCUAGAUAGAUCUUUUCCUUUUUGGUAUAAGGGACACUUGCUUAUACUUUACUAUGCUGUUAAAGACCAUCGAGAAGACAUCUAUAUCUCCUCCAUUAGCCUUUAUCUAAACAUUCUUAAACAGCUUAUUAAAGAGUACCGAGAAAAUUACCUUAAUAAUAUUGAUAAAAAGAUCACUAUCUUUAAGCACCGCGAAGGGGACUAG